GACCGAGACGACGACGACGACGACGGCAGCGACGGCGGCGGCAACGACGACGACGACGACGUCGACGAUCACGACGACGUUGGUCGGCGAAUUGCGAGCGGAGCGACAGAAAAAGGCGCGCACUUGCACGCGCUCCGAAUUGUCACGCAACCGCGGCAUUCACAUAACCGCGACGUGUCUGCUGAGUCUCCUGACGCGUGCGGGCUCCUAGCUCGGUCGACUAGUCUCCUUCGACCUCCUCCUCUUCCUCGUCGUCACUAUGGCGGACGACGAGGUUCUCUUCGACGAUGUUUACGAGCUCUGCGAGAUUAUCGGCAAAGGACCGUUCAGCGUCGUUCGAAAAUGCAUUCACCGUCAUACCGGGCAGAUUUUUGCCGUAAAAAUCGUCGAUGUGGCGAAGUUCACUUCUAGUCCUGGGCUCAGCACUGCUGAUUUGAAACGAGAAGCCACAAUAUGUCAUAUGUUGAAACAUCCACAUAUUGUCGAACUGUUGGAAACCUACAGCUCCGAGGGCAUGUUAUACAUGGUAUUCGAAUAUAUGGACGGCUCUGAUUUAUGCUUCGAGGUCGUAAGACGAGCGACUGCUGGAUUCGUAUACAGCGAAGCAGUUGCUAGUCACUACAUGCGACAAAUCCUCGAAGCUUUGCGUUACUGCCAUGAGAAUGACAUUAUUCAUCGUGAUCUGAAGCCGCAGUGCGCCCUCCUGGCUGGCAAGGAAAAUUCCGCCCCGGUGAAGCUGCGCGGUUUCGGCGUUGCCGUGCAACUUCCGACCUCACAGUCUAAUGGCGUUGGCCUGAUCUCUUCGAGCUGCAAUUUCCCUUUUGAGGACCUGACCGACGCCGAGGAUUCGCUAGUGAGCGACACGGAGGACAAUAUCGGUCGUGUCGGAUGUCCGCACUUCAUGGCGCCGGAAGUGAUUCAACGGCGACAAUAUGGGAAGCCCGGUGACGUCUGGUCGGCCGGAGUGCUGCUACAUGUUCUGCUAACUGGUACGCUUCCGUUCGUCGGGUCUCGGGACAGGCUGCGGGAAGCGAUCUGUCGAGGGCGGGUGCAGAUGGAGACACCACUCUGGGAUCCCAUCAGCGAUUCGGCGAAGGACCUUAUACAGAGAAUGCUCACGACCGACGUAAAUCAUAGGAUCACCAUCCAAGAGGUCCUCAACCACAAGUGGCUCAGAGAUCGUGAUAAGGGUGCAGCCCGUGUACACUUAGGUGACACUAUAGACGAGCUUAAGAAAUUUAAUGCGAGGCGAAAAUUGAAGGAGGCCGUAAAAGCAGCCGUCUCCUCCUCGAAAUGGCACGCUCCGUAUUCCGAAGCUAAUGGCGACAAUUUCUCUGACGUCGGCGAUGACGAGAUAACUACAGGUGCUGUGGCCGAAAUUGUGGAUUGUUUGGAUGACAUUGAGAUCCUCGAGGACAGUGACAGACUAUUGCGGUCGGAAGUUAUCAACACCAUCGAUGAUCAUCGGCUUCGGGCCAUUUUAGAGCUUUAUGAUAGAAUCUCAGGCCGUGUACCAGCACCGUAUCGAGCACCGCAGACGGAUGCGGUCCAACGUGCUCGUGAGGUUGAAGAGAUCCUUCGGGAAGCAGAGCAUUCGGCGGUGCGAAAUAUCGAUAGAGCCGAUCUUCGAGAACUUCACGAAUUAUUGGUCCAGCCGCAUAUGAGGGCACUUCUACAAGCUCACGAUGUUGCCGGUCACGAGGUUUACGGCGAGGAAGCCACCAGAGUAACGCCACCGCCUCUCCUCACGUAUCUGAAUGGCGGCGACGAUCUCGAAGGACAAAACGGCGAUUUAGAUGAGAAAAUUACUCGCGUUAGACUGGUGCAAUUCCAGAAGAACACGGAUGAGCCGAUGGGAAUCACGUUGAAAAUGAAUGAGGACGGGCAGUGCUUCGUGGCUCGGAUUAUGCACGGUGGGAUGAUCCAUAGACAAGCCACUCUUCACGUUGGUGAUGAGAUCAGAGAGAUCAACGGUAUACCAGUUCAGAAUCAAUCCGUUAAUGCCUUGCAAAAGAUUCUGCGGGAGGCACGUGGAUCGGUGACUUUCAAGAUCGUGCCGUCGUACAGGAGCGCGCCGCCCCCCUGCGAGGUACAAUUGUUCAGGAUUAAGCCUCUGCCAGUGUUAAUUUUCGUUCGUGCGCAAUUCGACUACGAUCCGCUGGAGGACGAACUGAUACCCUGCGCGCAGGCUGGAAUCUCUUUUAAAACCGGUGACAUUCUGCAGAUCAUCAGCAAGGAUGAUCAUCAUUGGUGGCAAGCGCGGAAGGAUAACGCGGCUGGUUCCGCGGGUCUUAUCCCUUCGCCCGAACUUCAGGAAUGGCGCAUCGCUUGCAUGUCUAUGGAGAAGAACAAGCAAGAACAAGAUGCUGAAGGAGAAGGUGGAUGUUCUUCUCACACCGAAGGCUGCGACGGCUCGACAGUAAAUUGCUCAAUAUUCGGCCGGAAAAAGAAGCAAUACAAGGAUAAAUAUCUCGCAAAGCACAACGCUGUUUUCGACCAGCUGGACCUGGUGACCUACGAAGAGGUCGUGAAGCUUCCUUAUCCUGCCUUCCAACGGAAAACUUUAGUAUUAUUGGGAGCACAUGGCGUCGGUCGACGACAUAUAAAAAAUACGAUUAUUUCCAAGCAUCCCGAUAAAUACGCCUAUCCUAUUCCGCAUACAACGAGGCCUCCACGAAGUGACGAAGAAAAUGGUCGUAACUACUAUUUCGUAUCACACGAUGAAAUGAUGGCAGAUAUAGCUGCUAAUGAAUAUCUCGAAUAUGGUACGCACGAAGAUGCUAUGUACGGAACUAAGCUCGAAACUAUUCGCAAAAUUCACGAAGAAGGUAGAAUGGCCAUAUUGGAUGUUGAACCGCAGGCACUGAAAGUUUUACGGACUGCUGAAUUUGCACCUUACGUAGUCUUCAUCGCUGCACCAGCAUUUGCAAACGUUACGGACUUCGACGGUAGUUUGGAGCGUCUGGCGAAGGAGUCGGACAUGCUGAAGCAGGCGUACGGGCAUUUCUUCGACCUGACCAUCGUGAACAACGACCUCGACGAGACGAUCGCCCAGCUGGAGGCCGCGAUCGAGCGCGUCCACACGACACCCCAAUGGGUGCCCGUCUCUUGGGUCUACUGACAGCGGUCUUCGCCGAUUCGUCAUAUCGUCACCACGGACUGCAAUGGUUCAUCGAGGAUGAAGCAGUGAUCGUUGGCGCCAUGACGAUCAUCGUACCAUGGUCGACCUUCUCGUCGCGAAUUGACGCCGACAGCCAGCGGCGUCCAACAGAAAUACGCUGUAGGCAAUUAUGCCGUGCACGCAGAACGUACCCAGCGUACCAGCAAACAUACCCGCCGACGAUCGGCUCGACGAUGAAAACGAUCGAAGUGCGUGACUAUACGAUGGCCGUGUGUUCAUGAAAUUUCUUUCCAUCGCAGUGUAAUUGUUAUGCCAGUCGCGCGGGACACAAGGAGAGACCAGCAACAUGUCGUAGUCAUCCUGACGAUGAGUAUAUUGCCACCGCGUCUGCCAACGAGGCGUCAGAUCAUCAGGAAACGGAACGCAUCAUCAUUGAGCACGACGAAGAUCAGUGACGGUAAUGACGUCGUCACGCGCGUCUAGAAACGGACGCUUUUUUCGCGGACCACCAACUCUCUCCUGCAUCUAUUUCUCUCUCUGCUCCCGUCUUCCUCCUUCGAAUUUCAAUGAUUAAAGACGAGAAGCAACACCGAUCAGCUGGGACCUCUCUUGAACGAGACUGUUGAACGAAUUUCGUGUCUUUCCCUCCUACUCCGCGCAAUCUAUCGCUUCUCUCGACACAUUCCUGGCACGAUUUCGGCGAAUUCACACAUGAAUUUCUCACGGUUCCACGCGUAAAGGCAAUCGCGUUUACGAACGCGAACCAUGUGCAGUGAUACAGCAACGCGAUAACAAGCAUCAAAGAACCGUCGUGGAGAAUCAAAUGAGAAACAAUAGCCGUUCAUACUUCGCACGGACAUCAACCGAGCGGCUGCAUCUUCGUACCCUUUACCUGCGGAAUCUAUCGACUUUCCGUAAACUGUAAUUGCCUCCUAUCGUACUUUAUCGUAAUUACUUAAUGAAAAGAAGCUAGAGAUCGUGCGGCACGGCAGUGCCCAUGAGUAUACAUAUAUGUAUACAUAUAUAUGUAUAUACUUAUACAUAUGUACGUAUAUAGUAUGUGUAUAUGUAUAGCGAAAGGCGAAAAGGUCCUGUCGCAAUAAUCGAAACCCACGUUUCUCUGAUCGUUCAGCCAAAAGAGAAAAAGGAGAAGAAAUAGGAACUGGUGUGCUGCCGGCCGUCCGUCAUUUAACUGUAACUUUAAGCAGUAGAGAACUUCGCCGGUUUCGUCUAGUACUUCUGCUAAUAUCUAACGAGUGUUCAUCUCUUCGUCGCGGCUACCCCUACCGCGACGAAUCUAUGCGUAUGCGCGAGCGCUUCUUUCGCCUUUUGUAUCUUUCCCCGGUCGAUUCUCGUUUCUUUUUUCCUCUUUUCAUCUCUUUUUCUCUCUCUGUCUUUCACUCUAAUCUCCCACCGAGCUUCUCUCACCUUUCUACUUUUGACAAUCGAGACCGCCGUCGGGACGAGACGGUUCGCUCGCUCGCUCGCUUGGCCGUGCACUCGCCCAAUCCCAUUCAUCGCAGAUCGUUGUUCACGAGACAUCCCCCGGAAUCGUAGAAUCAAACAUUCGCCGAUGCACCGCGUCGGCCGACGAUCUUGUAUUUCUUGUACACAAACGCAUGAAGCCGUACCUCACCUCUCCCGGACGAAUGCACGGACGGCGGAUACCGAUCCAGCAGUGAGAAUUAUACAAGUGCUUAUUCGGAAGUGCUUGUAUGCGAUUAUUAAGUUCGUACAAGCAUACACACACAUUCACACACUUACACAUAGGCACACAUGCACGCACGCACGCACACGUGUACAGACAUACACAUAUGGGCACACGUCAAAACUACAAUGUCACUCGGUUCGUAUUACUUACACCCUCGUACAAAAGCGCAUAAUCGAAUGACGAAGUAACAAAAACGCGGAUUUACUAUAGGAUAUUUAUAAAACGUAAAUCUCAGAUAAAUAGAUAGUUUACCAGCUAUAUGAAAUAAUAAUGAGGACAACACGUCUCUCCAGUAGAGAUACACACACGUGCACCAAGACACAUCCCACACAUACAUCUACUCACACAACCCGCCCACUUACACACACACACGCACACAACACGCACACACACAUACGCAUAUACAUAAGCACGCAAUCACACAUGCGUGCGAGUGCAGGUUUACAAUACAGAUUUAACAAUUAGGUAAUUAAUUUGCAAAUGAUUAAAAAAGAAUUAAAUGUAUGACUAAUUAAUAUUAAAGAAUUAUUAGGAAACUAAUAGGUGAUAUGCAUAUGCCCGUAGGACGAAGAAAUGAAUGCGUGUAUACAUGCGGGCGUGAUAUGAUAGUUUAACGUUGAUAACGUUGCGUUUAUCGCGAAUCUCUAUUUGAGCUUUGGCUUCAUCGGUCUGUCUUUCGUUCUCUCUCUCUCGGUCGCCGCAACGAUCUCGAAACAUAUAGGCGAAUUUAUAGGCUCGUGUAUCGCUCCCCUCGAUGCGUUCUUCCUAUUUCGCGCAACCCCACGACAGGACGACACGAACCGGUCGUGGCAGAAUGCGCCCGAUUAUUAUAUAUUUCAGAAACGCAUAUAAACGAAGGGGAGGGUCACGACGCCGUCACGCAGUGUCACAUUUUGCGGGGACCAGUGACUCUAACAUCGGACAGAACCGAAUUUUCAUGAAGCCAGAUGUGAAUUUGUCGAGUAAUGAGAAUGCUCGCGCGAGGAAAAAAAAAAGGAUUGCCCGUUGGUGUGAUAGCGUUCGUAUGCGUAAAACAUUGCGAAAAGCGCGAGGAGCGUGAGUCACAAGUGAUUUUGUAAUAUUUCUUAUAAGUUGUAGCUGCCAUAUCCAGUAAUUAAGUACUAGGUGCGUUGAGUGAUAAUCUGCCGACGACUGUUAUGCUAAUGAUAAUGAUGACAAUGAUGAUAAUGAUAACGGUGAUCGUGAUGACCGUACACGUGCUGCCGCACGUGUGUCUCAGUUAAUUUGGAUGAAUUGUGCUAAGAUAUUGAGAGAGACGACGGGUCUAAAGAAAACAAUAACAAGUUCAUUACAAUUAUGUAAUUAUAAAUAAGAGGAAGAGAGACGAAGAGUAUUAUAACACGUUGUUAAUUGAAUUAAUAAAAUUAGCCCAAAGUAAAGGA